CCCUUCGUUCUCAUUUGUUUCCUCAGUAGCACAGCGGGACGAGCGAGCUCUCCCCGGGGGGCUGCUGGGCUGCUCCCAUCCCGACCAGCAACCGCCCGCCCAGCGCAAGGAGAAGCCCGGGCUCAAGCACUCGCUCCUCCGGCCGGGCACCGUGAGCCGCGGCUCCACAGAGCGACCACAACUCCCAUCCCUUCCUCUGGACAAAUUACAUCUCCUGACCGAAUUCCUGCGACCUCUAGGUCUUCUGGGCAAACGCUGUUCCCUCCCAGCACUUCCCACUGCUCCCUUGAUUAAACUCUUUCUCCACGUAGGUGAAUGUGAUCCAUCAACGUCCCACUUAACAUGGUCUCGGUGAACUGAGCUGAGGGCUUUCUCAUCGUUACCUCUGGGAGAGUCUCCCGGCAUCCCUCAUCCUCGGGCGUUCAGCUUUUGAAGUGUCCUGGAGUGUUGCAGCCCCAACCUGCGCAGGAUGGACCCUGUUGUUCUCAGUUACAUGGACAGUUUGCUGAGGCAAUCGGAUGUUGCUUUGCUGGAGCCCCCAAACUGGCUUAAUGAUCACAUCAUCGGCUUUGCCUUCGAGUACUUCGCCAACCACCAGUUCCAAGAAUUUAGCGAUCAGGUUUGUUUUAUCAGCCCCGAAGUGGCUCAGUUCAUUAAAUGUGCCCUUAGUCAGGAAGAAAUAGCCAUAUUCCUUCAACCCCUGGACCUUCUCCACAAGAAGCUGGUGUUCUUGCCGAUCAAUGACAACUCCAACCAGGUCGCUGGAGGUACCCACUGGAGCUUACUCGUUUAUUUCAGGGACAAAAAGUGCUUCGCCCAUUACGAUUCCCACAGUAAAUGCAACUCUGUCCACGCCAAGCAAGUGGUGGGGAAGCUGGAGGCCUUCUUGGGCAAAAGAGGGGGCAAAGCAACCUUCGUGGAGGAGAAGGCACCUGCCCAGCAGAACAGCUAUGACUGUGGGAUGUAUGUCAUCUGCAACACAGAGGCUCUGUGUCAGGGAUACUUCAGGGGCCGACCAGAGCCUUUGCUGCAGCUCCUCACGCCCUCCUACAUCACGCAGAAGAGAUUGGAGUGGAAAGCUCUCAUCACGAAACUGGCACAGAAGUGAUAGAGAUGCAGCUCCAGCC